AUGCUGAUUUCCCAUUCUCGUGUGCGUCGUCUUUUCCCUCUUCUCUAUUCUCGAUUUUUUCAAUUGAUCGCCUUCGUCCUCUCCGUUUAUUUCUUCUACAAUGCGUAUCGGAAUCACACUGAGAAGCAAUGGAUCGAUCCCGAGUGUUUAUGCAAAGAUCAAGACGGAAAUGAGUACGAUUUUUGCUAUCAUUUACCUGAAAACGGGAAAAAAGGGAAACGAUUCGCGUGUGAUUAUGUGAAAGAUGUCAAGAGAUUAGGAUUGCUACCGGAUUAUCCAACAAUCGAUUUGACAAAGAGCCACGUUCCUGAACCAAUCUUUGUCACCGCAUUUUCAGAGAAUCAUUGGGAUGAAGCAAAGAGAUUGAUUGCCCUCAUUCGUCAACAUUGGCGUCAGCAAAAAGUUAUUAUCUAUGAUUUGGGGAUAACAAGUUCAACAGCCGCAGAAAUCAAUGGAUUUUGUAAUGUCGAACUUCGAAAAUUCCCAUUUGAUGUCUAUCCUCAAUAUGUUCGUCAGUUGGCUGAGUAUCGCUGGAAACCGAUUGUGAUCGCGGAAACAUUGAAAGAAUUCGGCGCCAUUUGGUAUAUGGACAGUUCAAUCACAUGGAGGAAACAGAAUUUAUCGCAUGUUUACGAUUUGUUAAACUGUCGGAGUAAAGUCGGUUUCGAGAAAACCCCAUUGCCAUCGAUUGCAGAGAGGGAUUCCCGAGAAAACACAACAAUUCACGAGUCGGGAUGGACACUCGACGUGUGGGAUGACAAUUUGAAAGCUUGUAGAAAGUCAGCUUACAUGUUCCACGGAUGGACUGGUCACGGGAUCUAUCCAGCUACUUCACAUCAUCUUUAUGAAUGGAUUCCAACAAAUUUUGAUGAGAUUAUAAAGCCAAAAGCGAAAAUGUAUGAGGCGGGAUUUGUGUACGCGGUGAGAACAAAGGACACUGUCGAGAGGAUUAUGCGAUGGUAUGUCUUGUGCGCUUUAGAAGACAAUUGUAUGGCUCCAAGAGGGAUUCCUGGGAUCUCUCUUGGUUGUCAAUGGGGAGCCUCGAAAUUCUCUGACUACGCGAAUUGUCAUCGUUACGAUCAAUCAGUCGCCAAUUUAUUAGCGGCUAAUGGGUUUCAUUAUGAUCGUCAUUAUUAUGUUUCAGAGAUUGUUGAUUUCUUUAAUGUUGUCAGAGAUCCUUUAACUGCUCAUCGACCUCCAAGAAAAAGAACUGCAUCAAAAAAAGUGCACGUGCAAUUUUCGAGGAAAUAUUUCCAAGUAGCAAACAAACAAAAGUGCACAAAAAAAAGCUUUAACAAUAUCAUGAUGCGAGCUUUUUUCCUUUUGGCAUUGAUCUCAGUGGCUACAGCGUUGAAAUGUUACAAAGACAACAGUGGAGAUGAGCAUCAUUCAGGAAAUGAACGAGAAGUCUCAUGCUCUUGCGGGGAUUAUUGCAUCAAGUACUAUGCACAAGCAGCCAGUGUGAAAGCGGCAACGUGGGAUUGCGGAUGUGCGACACCGGCCGGGAUGAAAGUGAACAUGUGCACAAAAGAAGGCAAAUCGACGUAUGGAUCGAAUCCCGUGCUUGAAGUGAAUUGUUGUUCGGGCGAUUUGUGCAAUGGUUCCUCAACCGCUAAAUUCUCUUUCAUUACCGCUUUCGUCUCAUUUUUCCUUUACAUGAUCGCUAAA